AUGUCAUCCAGCCGAAUUCUGGUUAGGUCUCUACGGCACAGCGCUGUUAUUAAGCGCGAUCGACUCCUAUGUUCACUUGUCGUCGUUCUGGAAGGCCUUGGUUGUUCUUUCGAUUAUUUGGAGCAGCAUAACCUCAUCGAGGCUAUUCUUGUUGCUCAUAGAACACUGAUUGAUGAAUUAUUUUUAACUGGAAGGUGGGCUGUCAACGACCAGCAGGAUGUGCACGAGUUGUAUGGCUUCUUUAUGGACCGGGCGGCAAACACAGAGGCUAGACAGACGGUUCUGUCAGGUAGAGAGGAUCUGCUCACCAUCUCCCGGCUCCUCCCCUUUCCUCCGAUCUCCACCAAUGGGGAUACGCCAGCUGCAACUGUUACUGCCGCCAAUACUAGUACUGGAGUGCAGCAAUUCGGCAUGAGUGCCUACUUUUCUCCUCACCUUUCAUCCUUCCUUUCGACCAGUUUUGUACCCAGCUCCUUUCAUCAGUUCAUAGUGUCUCAAAUCUUUUGCGUCAAGUGCUCCUACCGUAGCGAUUUGCGUCUUGUACCCGAAUCUUGCAUCAUCCUCUUUCCCGAAAAAUCAAGGAAACGGCACACCAAGAAAAUGUCGUCUAAAGACAAAGAGUCAUACCGAUGCAGUGUUGAGACAAUGUUGAGCGAUGAGUUCUGUGUGGCAGAGUCACUGGCUGGAAUCCAUUGCCCUCGCUGUCAUAUGGAGGCGUUGCGAAUACCUGAGGCGAUGAUAAACGAUCCGUCGCCGACUGUCUCUGAUCGCAGCUCCAUUCGACACUUUGCCGAGAGUCUAUGCCGUAACACUUGCUGUGCACGUCGAUGGAUUGCUCUUCCUCCCGCCACGACUCAAACAACAGCGACAACGAAAACAACGAAGUCUCCUCUUGUCAUCUAUAUUCAGCGUGCUGUAUGGAUACCACUGAAGCACAUCGCACCUGAUACGGAUGACUAUGUACUGAGCUUCAUCGAUGGUGGUAUGGUGUCAAAAUUCACCGAACAUAUCAUUUUCUCCGAUACCCUUGAUCUUGCGCCCUACCUUGCAACUGGAUGUACAUUCCAUGCUCUAGCUCGCCGCAGCAAUGUCAAAUGGGGUGAUGAAAAAAGCAAGAAAAAAUCCCUCCCAUAUGCACUGCGGUCUGUGAUCGUGCACCAUGGUAACACUCUCCACGCGGGUCACUACGUGGCCUAUCGGUGCUGGCCUGGGGCUGGUACUGAAGACGCCAGCCCAAAGAACUGGAUCCUCAGCUCCGACCGAUACGUCGACCAGGUCCCCUUUUCCCGUGUCAAGGAGUGUCAGGCCUACAUGCUCUUCUAUGAACCGAUGGAGGAAGACACUCCUGGUGCACUCCAAUUCUCCACAUCCGUAGAACCCACGCCCAACGGAGAAGCAAUAGAAGUGGAGGAAGGGAUUAGUCUCGAUCAAAUUACUUCACCAGCUCAGAGAAUUCAUGUACUCAUGGCGUUAGUAUGUGGCGAAAAGGAGCUCGGAUAA